GCCACGGUUCAGUCAGUCGGUCAGUGCAUUGAUUGUCAUCGGUCUUGUUUAUUUACAAUUUUUUGGGGUGGUCGGGUCAGCCGACUUAGGUGGUGUGCUAAGUGCGGUGUACUUAUAUCGCGCGGAACGCGUCGUGGACGGAGAGCUAUGUAACGGAAGCCACGAACGACUGACCUUUCGCGUCUGCUGAUCGAAAUUCGAUUUCUAGCGAAUCGAUUGUGAAAUAUGAGUUUAGAGCUGCGAGGUUUCAGCUACGAAAAAUGGCCCGAAUUUCGCUUACCAGAAUGAGAAAGCGGUUCAUGCGGUUGCACCCGGUGUGGCGAAUCUACUGCAUCGUACUUAUCAUUCUCAUACUGUACAACGAGGUGUUCAUCUACGUGCUGCAAAAGUUCAAAUGGUCAAGCAUCAACUGCAAGGAUGCAAACUGUCUCCGGAUACUUCUCGUUGGAGAUCCGCAAAUCCUGGGUGAGAACACCGGUCGGCGGCUGUAUCGCGGACUAGCCAACUAUGACUCCGAUCGCUACCUAGCUUGGUACUACCGGGAAGUGGUCGACCACGUCCGACCGGACGUAAUCUGCUUCCUCGGGGACCUCAUGGACGAGGGCAACACCUCGAACGAGCUGAACUUCAAAGAGUACUACGAACGCUUUGGGUCCAUCUUCCCGACGCACCCAACGGCAAAGACAAUCUACAUCCCUGGGGAUAACGACAUCGGUGGGGAAGCCGGCGAAGAGGUCAAGGAAUCGGUGGUGCGACGAUUUCGGCAGUAUUUCAGCGAGAAACCGGCGUGGAUCGUGAACGACAAUGUGACCAUCUACAACAUCAACAAGAUUACGCACGAACGGCCGCUGCACGAUCCGAGGAUGGUGGACGACACCGGGGUGGACGUUUCGGAUCGGUACAUCCGGAUUUUUCUCAGUCACAUGCCGGUGUUGAGUGCGGCGAGCACGUUUACGUACGAGGCAAUCGGAAAGCUCAAACCGAACGUGAUAUUCUCCGGCCACUUGCACCACUCGCGGUACGUCCGCAUUCACCGGAAGCAUCUGCGGGCGGCCACGUACAAACCACUGAGCGACGACAAAAAGACGGCUUACAAGGUGCACAACUUUGAUCUGCACUACCACCAGGACACGCAGGAGCUGCUGGAGAUUAUCGUUCCGACGUGUUCGUACCGGAUGGGCGUUCCGGACAUUGGCUAUGGAUUUGCUGUGAUUGACGGAACCACCCUAAAGUACACGGUGCUCUGGACAACGAACCGAUUUCACCAGCUGAUCUCGUACAUCGUGGUGGCAUCCUUGCCGGUGAUCUACCUAACACUUGUCCUGCUGGUGAAAAUUAUCAAGACUAUUUGUGUUUGCUCAAAGCGACGAACGAAGCUACCACUUUGAGGAAUGCUCGGCUGUAGAAUAACAUUUUUGUGAAGUUGUGUUACGAAUUGUAUUUAUCUUCUUCUUAGGGUGGUCAACUUUCUACCAAUUUGAUAUUACAGCACUAGGAAGGUUUUGUGAAGCGGAUUUGAAAUGUUGUUUAGCUUUGAUUGCCCUCUCGAUCUAUCCGAGGGUGCGAUGUGUAAUAUCAAGAAUAGUGAUUUUUUAUACUAAACAUAAUCGACUUAAGUAUUAAAUAUUCGGAAAUAUACCAUUUAUCAUUGAAGCUCCAGA